AUGAUUCCGUUGGAUAACAGUCCAACUGUGCAGUCAGGAUGUAACUGUGCAUGCCAGAUCACAUUUUCUCAUCUAAGAGUUAGAAUACAAGAUAAUAGUCUCUGUAUUCUAACAUGGCCUCAGAGCCAGGUUGGAUUGUUUAGCUGGGCGUUUGAAUCUGUGAAGAAAGGAAGCUGCGUUUUGAAGCUGUGUGUGAAGGUCUGUGUCUACCAUGGCUGGAUCUGGAUCUGGAGGCGAGGGUUUAGAGUGGUCAGAUUCGAAGGAGCUGAUGAAUCUGGUGAAAAGAAGAAGGAAAAGGAAGAAUCAAAGGGAGUUGGUGAAUCUGCUGAGCAGAAGAUGAAAAGAGAUGUUUCAAGUGGUUCUGAAACAGAGAAGCUGAUGAAAGAUGCAAAGGCAUUGGGGCUGAUUCAAGGGGCAGAAUUUCGAGGUGACAAACAGGUAAGAAAUGUGAAAUUACAGAGUCUGCGCAGGGAGUUUGACUAUGGAGAAAUACUGCCUAAAGAAAGAGUAGUACAGAAAUUGUUGAUUAGCCUACCAUCUGCUUAUGAUUCUAUCUGCUCAGUUAUUGAACACUCAAGAGACUUGAAUGAGAUUGAGGUGCAGGAGGUUGUAGCCUCACUAAAGAGUUUUGAGUUGAGAUUAGAUAGACACUCUGAAAACAAAACAGAGAAGGCAUUUGCUAGCCUUAGUGUGGAUGCUAAAUCGGUAAAACUGGAGAUCAGAACAAUAAGCAACAUAAGAAUUGGAAGUCCAAAGGCAAGAAAUGGGAUAACAAGACAAGUGAAGGCACUAAAACUCCCUGCAAGCACUGUGCAAGAAACACCACAGCAGGUUAACUAUGCUACUCAAGUGGAAGCUGCACCAACUAUGUUCUAUGCUGGAAAUGCAAUUGGUGCUGGUAUAACAAGGGAUGAAGAAAUCUGGUAUUUGGACAGUGGGUGUAGUAAUCACAUGACAGGAAAAGAGGACUUGCUGGUGGAUAUUGACAGAAAGGUGACUGCAAAGGUUGAAAUGGGAACUGGACAGCUUGUAGAUGUAACUGGAAAGGGCACUCUUGUGGUUGAAACCAAAGUAGGCAAGAGAUAUAUCAAAGAAAUAAUGCUGGUACCUGGACUGAAAGAGAACUUACUCAGUGUGGGUCAGAUGAUAGAGCAUGGCUACUAUUUGGUAUUUGGAGAUCACAAGGUGGAAAUCUACAAUGACAGCUCUUAUUCAAAUCUGGUUGCAAAGGUACAAAUGAGAGGUAAUAGAAGCUUUCCCUUGAAACUGCAGGCUGAAAUGCACUUAGCUUAUAGGGCAAGUGUAGAUCAUUCCACUGAACUUUGGCAUAGAAGAUUUGGACAUCUCAAUAUGAGUAGUCUGAAAUUGUUGAAAGAAGAAGAUAUGGUAGUAGGACUACCAGAAAUUAAAGGGAUUAAAGAGACGAUUGCACAAGGAUGUGUUGGGUUUUAUUUCUUAAGACACAAGUCUGAAGCUCUAACUGUGUUUAAGAAAUUCAAGGCCACUGUGGAAUUGCAAAGUGGUUAUAAACUGAAAAAGUUGAGAAGUGAUAGAGGGGGAGAAUACACUUCAGUGGAGUUUGACAGUUUCUGUGAAGAUGUAGGAAUUGAAAGACAGCUUACAACCCCAUACACACCACAGCAAAAUGGUGUGGCAGAGAGGAAAAAUAGAACCAUAGUAGAAAUGGCCAAGUGUUUGAUGUUGGAGAAGAAAAUUCCAUUUGAUUUUUGGGCUGAGGCAGUCAACAUAUCUGUGUAUAUUUUGAAUAGGUGUCCAACUAAAGCUUUGAGCAAAAAGACACCAUUCGAAGCCUAUAGUGGAAGGAAGCCAGGGAUUAAACAUCUAAAGACAGAAAUUAGAUCUUCAAGCAAGAGGUGUAUCUUCUUGGGGUAUGGCAGCUGUGAGAAAGGUUACAGGCUGUACAACAUUGAAACUGAGAAGGUGAUUGUUUCAAGAGAUGUAAUAUUUAGUGAAAAUGAGUGUUGGGAUUGGAAUGCAAAGAAGGAAACUAGUGUGAACAUUCAGCUCACUGGAAUCCGAGAAGAAGCACAAGGAGAAGAAGGGAGUUCUUGUGAACUUGAAGAACAAUUGGAAGUGAAUGAGGUGCCUAGUUUAAACACUGAAAACAGUGAUCAAGAAAUGGUCAUAGGUCUGCAGGAUGUUGAUCAUACUCCUCUCAAAUACAAGAGCAUUGCAGAAAUUUAUGAAAAAUGCAAUAUGUGCAUUAUAGAACCAGAAAGUUUUGAAGAGGCAGCCAAGGAUGACUCUUGGAAGAAAGCAAUGGAAGAUGAAAUCACCAUGAUUGAAAAGAACAAUACAUGGGAGCUUGUAGCUAGACCAUUUGAUAAACCAAUCAUUGGAGUCAAAUGGGUCUAUAAGACUAAACUAAACCUAGAUGGAUCUGUGCAGAAGAAUAAGGCUCGGCUGGUUGCAAAGGGAUAUUCUCAAAAGCCUGGAAUAGACUUCAAUGAGACUUUUGCACCAGUGGCUCGUCUUGACACUGUGAGAGCUUUGGUAGCAUUGGCUGCACAGAAAAAUUGGAAGCUUUUCCAGUUAGAUGUGAAAUCUGCCUUUCUCAAUGGAGUACUAAGUGAAGAGGUGUAUGUGGAUCAACCAUCUGGUUUUGUGAUUCAAGGAAGUGAAGAUAAGGUGUAUAGGCUUAAGAAGGCUUUGUAUGGCUUGAAGCAAGCUCCAAGAGCUUGGUAUGAAGAGAUAAAUUCCUAUUUUACUAGAGCUGGAAGCUCAAAGGAGAUGAUGCUUGAAUUUAAGGAUGAGAUGAUGAGACAAUAUGAAAUGACAGACCUUGGAUUGCUUCAUCAUUUUCUCGGCCUUGGGGUUUUACAAACAGACACUUGCAUUUUCUUGCAUCAGAAGAAAUAUGCAAAGACUUUGCUAGAGAAGUUUGGACUCAAGGACUGCAAAUCGGUUGCAACACCAUUGGCAGUGAAUGAAAAGUUGUCUAAAGUGGAUGGGAGUGACCUAGCAGAUGAGACUUUGUAUAGACAAAUGGUAGGAAGCUUGCUCUACCUAACUGCAACAAGACCAGACAUUAUGUUUGCAUCUAGUCUUUUGGCCAGAUUUAUGCACAAUCCUACCAAGAAGCACAUGGGAACAGCGAAAAGGGUGCUAAGAUAUAUACAAGGUACUAUAAGCUAUGGCAUUGCUUAUGAGAAAGGAAAAGGAGCUGUGUUAAUUGGCUAUUGUGACAGCGAUUGGAGUGGUAGUGAAGAUGAUAUGCGGAGCACAUCAGGCUAUGCAUUUAAUUGGGAGGCAGAAUACAUGAGCGCAGCAGAGGCAACCACUCAAGCUGUUUGGCUCAGAUUUGUGCUAUCAGAUUUUGGUGAAGAACAGGUAGAACCAACUCAGUUGUUGUGUGACAACACUUCGGCUAUUGCUAUAUCAAAGAAUCCUGUUCAUCACCACAAAACUAGACACAUCAAUCGCAGGUUUCAUUUCAUUCGAGAUGCUCUUCACAAUGGUGAGAUUGAUUUGCUUUAUUGCAAAACUGAAGAACAGGUUGCUGAUAUAUUCACCAAGCCUCUAGCAAGGGAUCGGUAUGAGUAUCUAAGGAAGGCUUUAGGUGUUAUCUCAGCACAACACUUAGAAGGGAGUGUUAGUUUAUAA